CAACCCCCCUACGCCGAUGGUAUGAUCCAGAAUACAGAAUCAUGUGAUUUCCUGACUCAUCUUGAACGCCUCACUGACAAAAACUAACUACAUUGUUGUCUUUUGUCUUUUCGCUACAUUUCGCCACUAAAAACCGUCACGAUGAUGUGUGGAGGGAUUGGAGAAGUUAAGGAUGCUAACGAAGAAGUCCAUAAGAUCUGUGAAAGCGUAAAGCCCCAUGCAGAGAAACAAGCAGGGAAAACGUAUGAUGUUUUCACAGCCAAGACCUACAAGACUCAGCUGGUGUCUGGGACCAACUACUUCAUCAAGGUCCAUGUGGGAGGAGAGGAUCACGUUCACCUCCGUGUUUACAAACCCCUCCCAUGUAAUGGAGAAAUACAGCUGAGUAAAAUGCAGCACUCCAAGUCCUCCGAUGACGAGAUUGAGUACUUCUCCUAAACCAAACAAAGCAUCAGUGCCAUCGGGCUGCCGUCUCAUUAUAAUCAGUAAUGAGCAAAUUAUCUUGGCUCAUUAUAUAAUGUAAUGCUACAUGCAGCUCCCAUUCCUAACAUAUUAUAACAUACUGUGUCGUACUGUAGAUCAUGAUGUAAGGAGUAUGUCAAAAUGGAACUAUUUUGUACAAGAUGAAUGAAUAAAUUAAUUUGAUUUGAUGUGA